ACAUCUAUGAACCAAAUAGGACGGAUAAUUGAAGACAAAUCACGUACGGCAGCAUCAUUUUUUGUUUGAAUUUUUCGAAAUAGGAAAAAUCUUGCGUUACUGUAACUUUUCAUUCUAAGCAUCCCUCGAUAAUUGAUUGCACGUGAGGAUUUUUCUAACGCAUCCUUGGGACUUUGGGCAUAAUGAAGUUCGUACGGUUUAUCAUGAAGAACACUGCCUUGGCCAAUGUGCCGAAGCAUAUCGACCACUUCUCAAAAUUCUCUCCGUCUCCACUGUCCAUGAAGCAGUUCCUGGACUUCGGUUCCACGAAUGCCUGUGAAAAGACUUCUUUUGCCUUCCUGAGACAAGAGCUUCCAGUAAGGCUCUCCAACAUCAUGAGAGAGAUAGAUUUGUUACCCGACCGCUUGCUUUCUACUCCAUCAGUACAACUCGUCCAAAGCUGGUACAUUCAAAGUCUCAUGGAGAUCCUAGAGUUUCUUGACAAGAGCCCAGAUGACCACAGUGUCCUAGAGAAAUUUGUGGAGACCCUGGUGACCAUUAGAAACAGGCAUAACGAUGUGGUGCCCACCAUGGCCCAGGGCGUGAUUGAAUACAAGGAUGCCUUCGGACAGGAUCCGGUCACUAGCCAGAACAUACAGUACUUCCUGGACCGUUUCUACAUGAGCCGCAUCUCCAUUCGCAUGCUCAUCAACCAGCACACUCUCAUCUUUGAUGGUACCACAAACCCCGCUCACCCCAGCACCAUCGGCUGCAUCGACUCACAAUGUGACGUCACGGAAGUCAUCCGAGAUGCGUACGAGAGUGCAAAAAUGCUCUGUGAACAGUAUUAUCUCGGUGCCCCUGAGCUGGAACUGAGAGAGAUUAAUGGUAAGGAAUGGGUGCUUUCGAACAACAAAUCUCUGCCCAUUUAUAUAUCAUAUGUGCCAUCUCAUCUCUACCACAUGCUCUUCGAACUCUUCAAGAAUGCCAUGAGAGCGACCAUUGAGAACCAUGAAGCUAGCAAGACUUUGCCACCAAUCAAAGUUAUGGUGGCUCUGGGGGGAGAGGACCUGUCAAUCAAGAUGAGCGACAGAGGUGGCGGUGUCCCUUUCAGAAAAAUUGAAAGACUUUUCAGCUACAUGUAUUCCACAGCACCUAGACCAGCUAUUGGAAACCACCAGCGGGCCCCACUGGCUGGCUUUGGGUAUGGGCUGCCAAUCUCUCGACUCUAUGCCCGCUACUUCCAAGGUGAUCUCCAGCUUUAUCCAAUGGAAGGUCUUGGUGUAGAUGCCGUCAUUCACAUGAAGGCACUGUCAACAGAUUCUGUGGAGAAACUCCCCGUUUUCAACAAGACCGCCCUACGGCACUAUAAAGUUAGCCAGGAACCCAAUGACUGGUGUGUUCCCAGCAAGGAGCCCCUAGACUUGGCGGUCUACAGGGCAGCCAAGUGAACUCAUCAGUCCAGCUGGCCAUAGAGAUGGCCUUUUGACCCAAAGGAGGGGUCGAUAUGGGACCAACCACUGACUAAACUCAACGGACAGUGGCAAAGGGGGGACCAAGCUUGAAGGAAGCUUUUUGCAGCCCCUGAUCAGUGUUCCUUAAUUGGACUACAGACUUCUCGGAGCUUCUGCCAAUGUUCCUUGAAUGGGUAAUCCAAUGAAAUUGCGUUGGGGCCACAAUGCGACCAACAUGUGCCGAUGCAAAAGACUGAAAUUCCGAAAUGUCCAGGGUGAAUUCAGUUUUUGGUUCAGAUGGGAAGCGGCAAUGAUCCUCCACCAAUUUCCCAGGGCGGGAUCCAUCCCAGCAGGAGGUUGCUUGUUCUGAGACAGGACAGCAACAGCGGAGAACGUCAUAGAUACUAAGGGAGGCCCAUGCCUUAAUAGCAAGUGGAGGGUAUCGAUUAGGGUAGUUCGGUCAGCAGUCAGGAAACAAAGGGUUUGAACUAAGAAUCACAAGAGCUGGAGUACGAGCAUUUUAUGAAUGCAGGGGACGAUAGCAAGCAUAGGGGGAAAUACUGAAAGUCUUUGUAAGGUACAGAGGGAUAUGACAUGUAGGGAUGCACGGAAACAGUCUCAUUUCAACAUUUUACGCCGGCCUGAGCGUGUAAUUAUACUUCUUUUUGACCCCUGGGUGUGUGUAAUAUUUUUUUGUGUGUGUGUGUGUGUUCAGGAAGUGAGACUUUUGUCCAGAAACGCAGAGCGAUCGUGUCUGUUCAUGACCUUGAGCGCCUGAUUUUUUUUCCCACUAUUGUCCGGGCAGCCAUUUCAGAAUUGUCUACACAGCAAAUUUGAUACAGUCGCUUGCUUCAAUAUAACAUGGGUUGGAUACAUGAAAUGCAAAAAAAGUAUUUAGCUGUGCACUUUCCCAGAGUGUUAUUAAUUGUAUUCUUACAUCGGGAGGUCUAACAUUUUACUGUCGUGUGAAUAAUGAACACAAACUGCCCAAUGUUUGCUACUGCUGUGUGCUUACAUUUGUCAUGAAAAACAUGUCAUUGUAUGAAUGUUUCUUGAGAUUUAUAAGGAGUGAAAAGCCAUUUAAAACAAUUUUGCUGUGAGAGCAAACAUACUGAAAAUGCGGAGUGCUACCUACACCAUCACAAUAUGCUAUCUGCAGUGUUUUGUUUUGUUUUUUUGUUUUUUUAAAAAUCAUUCAGCUUUCUUUGUGAGCAAAAUGUAGCUGUUAACAACCAGUUGAUGUGUUUUUUUCUGUGCAUUUGCCAAAUAGAAGAGAAAUGUACCCUAUUGUGUGACUCAGGAGGAAAAAAUUUCAGUUAUGAUACCAUAAAAAUGGGUCCAGCUGAGUAUAUAUAUACAGUAUAUAUAUAUUUCCUGAAGAUGACCUUUUGUUUGUGUAUAUUGUACUGUGUGUACAUAAAACAUAAACAUGUUGAACAUACUUUAUUUUUAUAUGAAAACAGAUUCAAAAUAAACCAGAUUGAAUAUGAA